AUAUCAAACGUCCAAGCUGUUUGUUCGGUCAGCUGGUCACUUGUGGGACUGCCUUGAAUGUUGGCAUACAAGCGCGCGGAGCAGUUGGCUCUUGUCAGGGCUCCAGGAAGGAUGCGCGAUCGGGGGUGUACGCUUCUUGAGACUGCCACCGGUUUCUUGCGUGCCGGCCGCUUUAUGGCCUAUAACGCGGCACCAUAGCCUCGGCUAUCCAAUAAAAAAUCCUUAUUUCGUGGUUUAUUCAUCCGUCCGGUGUAAGGAGUGUGAUCGACAUAUUUGCAACAAUAGAGUAAUCGUUGACGAAAAGGCUUCUGGUGACAAAUCAUAUUCAGCGGUGGAAAUGAUACCGAGAAUCGGCGACUUUCGUUACUUACCGUGUACUUACAUUCGUAAAAUUUAAGUUGGUUGUUGAAACUCGUAUUUUCAAGGUUAGAAGCGACGAAUACCCUGAACACGACGGUGGUGCGCUCGGCAUUUUUACGACGCGCUUAGGUUAAGUGUCAUUCGACGUAUCACCAUUGAAUGACAAGUUCAAAAGGAAACAGAUAUUCGUCGUGUCAAUUACUCCAAAGUUUUACCUACGCAUACUGCUCGAAUACACGCAUUCUGUUUCUGAAGAAGAGCAAUAAACGUCAUUCAUUGUGGCGAAGAAACGAGGAGACGAAGCUCGCCAUUGCAAGAGGUCAAACUCAACAUAUUUGUGUGCGCUUUUUGGUGCAAUGAAGAUUUCCGUAAAAACAAGCCGGUUAAUACGUUCAAGUGUUUGAGAAAAGGAAAUUUGUGAAUUUUUCAACAGCUUGGUGAUUAUCGUUUUCAUUUGUCUUAUCGAUAGAUGAUGAGAAUGAUACGAGAUGCUUUUCCGAUAACGCAAGUUUCGACGAAUUAAAGAAAAUUGGGUGAAACGAAUAGAAAAGUCUGACUUUAACCAACUGCAAUGCCAUCGAAUCACCGAAUGCUGAGAUCGUGACUGUAAUUAUUAUUUAUAUUUAUAUGUGUUUCAAAUGUAAGAAACCGGAAGGAAGCGUACAACUAAACGACAAAAAAGUACGGCUGACGUGUGUUAGCAAAUCAUAGGGUUCAUUACCGACGUUAUUUAAUCGUUCGUAUGAUUUUUGUACUUAAUGCAAAACCUAACCUCAACGCAAACAGUACAAAGUACUUAUCGUAAAUCGAAAUCUACAGUACUUUAAUUCUAAUCGAUUGAAAUAACCAAGAAGAUACGCGAAGUUCAUUUUUAUAAUUGGAUUUUAAAACGGCUCCACGAGAAUUUGUACUUAAUACUUUCGAUCUUGAAAAAGCGAAAACAUCGUGCCGGCAUCGUUACCUGUUUAUCGACAGUGUAUGGAGAAUUCAGUGCUGGAAAAUUUGUUCGAUGUGUACAUAAAUAAUUAGUGAAACGCUUUUCGAUUUUAGCAAUUUCGUUGCUACUGGUAAAGCAGCUAUUGGGAAACGAUCGCUUUUCACAGCGGUCACGAGAAAGAUUAUUACGCAAAUUAACGACAUCGCUGCCGAAAAAUUUUUAGACAGUACAACGCAUCGCAUCAAGAUUCCUCGAUGGAGAGUUCUGGUGGUGACAAGCAGAACGAAUCGGACGAGUGCGAUGUGACCGCCAAUAAUCGGCAUCAGAACAAGAUGACGGGCCAGGAGGACAGCAACGUAUUGAAGAUAAGCAAAGAUUUAGGCGACCAGGAGGCAUUGAAGAAUCUGAAGAACUUAGAGAAUAUUAGUCAAAACGACGAGGCUUCGACUAAAUUAUCCAAGGCUGUGUCCCAAGAGAACGAAGAUGACGAGGACGAGUGUAAAGGCUCCGACGAGGACGAGCUCAAAGAGGAAAAAACCGACGGGAAAAAGGACGAGGAAUCGUCGAGCAGUACAACGUCUACGAGCACCUCUGAUGACGAGUCUGAAACCAGUUCAGACGAUAAGACGGAGGCUUCGAAAACCGAACAGACUAAGACGGUCACGUCUGAGACCAAGAAGGAGGAUCAGGCGUCGAAGAACGACGAUACCACCGACGACAGUGAUAUCGAGGAUGACUUGAUUUCGGCGAUCAAUUACAACACCAUCACCUCUCUGGCCGCCCUCAAGGAUAUGCUGCAGUCCUCCGGAGAGGAUUCAGACGGUGUGGAUAGUUUCUUUCAUCAUUACUUUUUGUCCCACGUGAACAGGUUACCGUCGAGGAAUCAGACUCAUAGUCCUUAUCCGUGGGGUAGAAGAUUGUCGGAGUGCAGGGAAGAGGAUGAAUACGAGAACGAAGAUGCGAAAAACGUGGAAAUACCGAUCGCCAAGGUCAUUAGCGAGAGCAAGAAGGAUGUCGCGAAGAUCGAAGAACCAGAGGAGAAGAACGAGAGCGUCUCCUCGAAAGCCUCUAGUCCGUGUAUAUCCGAGAAAUCUAGCUCGGAGAAGAUCGACCAAAAGUCGAAUCCAGAGCCUAGCGUCUCUGAGCCGAAGCCUCAGACCACGGCUCCCACGGUGACUACAACGACCGUUUCGACGACCACGUCGGUCGCCACGUCCACGACCACUACUACCACCACCACUACCACGUCGUCCAGGUUCACCACGUCCACUGUCACGUCGCCGACGUCCACCACCAAGCCUCCGCUGAGGAGAAGGCACACCACUGGGCCCGGUAUGACCUUCCCGGCUACCGAUCCGCCGACCUAUUCGACCAGCAUGACCUUCUCGAGAACCAGCCCUCUUCCUAGUCCGCAUCUCGAUAAAAGGUUCUUCGACAGCAGUUUGAUAGAAAUGAAGAGCCAGGCGAGUAGUUCUAGCACUCUUGAUUAUGACUCCACCGAGGAGGUCUGGGUACGCAGGGUAGAUUUCGUGCAGGAAAGGAAGAGAAAGGUAAGUGGAAUUGCUUCUCCUCGCUUAUUACGUGUCCUUGGAAUUUCAGUCGCUUCUUUUCUAGAGACCAACUUUGAUUGGAGAAGUAAUGCUACGUGUGCUGGUCGUGUGUGCAUUAGGUUGCUGAGAUACUAG